AUGGCGUCACCGAAAUACAAAUGUCGACGCUCAUCUUUGGAGGGCUACUUGUGCUGGAAGGAUGUAGACGGUGAUAUUGUUAUGAUGGAGCACUGGCUCCUGAAACUGACCCUUGGGUCUCGCUCAAUUUGUCUCGUGCUUAUGGAGAAGUUUGAUAAGGUUCCUCGCCUUGAACGAGGCACUUCCCCUUUCCAACCAUCAGCAACUCUGCAAUCCAAAAAGACGAAGCUUUUCCCCCAGAGAAUGUCAGAGACAAUAAAUCCGACUGUGCCCCCUGAGUUAGAAUUCAAUGCGUAUUGUGAAGACAGGGACUUCAGAGCUCAAGGAAAGCAUGAGCCUAACAGUCGAUCCCAAACAGUGAUCCACCGUUCUCACAACAAGAAGUGGUGGAUCAAAAUCACACUAAAUGGCGCAAUCCCAAGCUCCGAAAACAUCAGGCCAGCACAGCCUAAGUCAAAACGUGAACGGCGAAAUGAAUUGCAAGACUUUGUCACGAUGAUCGAUUUCCAAUCGUUGGUUCUUCUGGAUGACACUGUAACUGAACUCAUUUUGAAUGAAGACACGGGGAAAAUUGACACUGCCAACCGAUGUCUUCAGCUACCAUUUAUCAACCAGCCUAUAUGGCUUAUCAGGAAUAUACGAUAUCAUAUUCGUGAGGAUCCUUUGAGAGCGGAGAUAACCAAUGGAGUGUUUCGUGUUGACCACAAAGGUGAUAGGACACUAUACAUUCUUAAGGUAGUUAACCGCCACUUUUACUACCCACAAGAUACAGUCGUUAUACAACAGGAACUAGAGAACCUCAAGCAAUUCAGGGAGGCCAGAGGGAUAGUUCAGCCGGCUGGUAUUAUAGUAUUUACCAAUCCAUAUACAACCUACCAGAAAAGCAAUCAACAGAUGGCUAUCAAUAGUAUAUUAUUGGAGUUUUAUAGUGGUGGCUCCUUGCAAUAUGUCCUGAAAGAACAAUUUUUCAAAGAUUCCCGCUGGAAAGACUGGGCCAUUCAAAUUGGGAAUGCUUUGGAUACCAUUCACCGCGCGAAGAAGACCCAUAUGGACUUAAAGCCAUCGAAUAUCGUUAUUGACAAACAUGGCACCGCAAUUCUCAUCGAUAUCAGCGGUAUUGAUGAAGUAACGUAUGAAUGGCAAUCCCCAGAGAUACGGGAUGAAAUAUCACCCUUUGAUCUUCCAUUUCAUACUCGUCAAUCAAACGAUAUUCGGGCAUACAGAAAGAUUUUGGAAGAAAUCGCAUCAAAAGUGGAAGAGUACGCUUUUACAAAUACUCCUACCAUGGUUGCACGUCAUUUGACUGAAGAUGUUACUACUCGGUGGACUUUAUCCCAAGCAAUUUUUCAGUUGAGCACUUGUCAUCAUGGUGAUUGA